CUGCCUUGUAAGUCCCCGCGCUCACGUGUACGCUCUUGCCUCGCUUCAUCCGUCCGCUUCUUGUUGUAGCCCAUCGAAUACAGUCCGCUGUGUCCGACUCCAAUUGCCUUCUGAUAUCCGCGCUUAAUUCCGCGCAUCGUCUCGGACUAGUAUUAACUAGUCCUACAAAUUGGUGACCCCGAUUCGCACGCGCGAAUUCAACUUUUUUUCUCGUUUGUAUUUUUUGGUGAGUUCGUUCCUUUUUCUCGAUUAUAUACCUAUAUUCAUUUGUUUCUUGCGUAAUUUUAGUACUUUUAUCGUAUUUUGUUCGUUCUUUAUCUUUCGACUCACAUUUCGAGAGUGUUAUCUGAGUCGUUUCACAGCGUAACCAUGCUUACUUUGGCUGUUCCAAGUUUCAUGGAACACAGUCCAGAAGUUUGGUUUAAGAUAUUCGAGAUCGAACUAGAAAAUAAGGGCGUAACGGCGGACCGUCCAAGGUACAAUCAGCUCGUCCCACGCCUUCCUCCGUCGGUAGUGACGCUGAUUGAGGACAUUCUACUCUGCCCAUCGAAUGAGGCAAAGUAUGAAACGAUGAAGCAAGCGAUUUUGAAAGAGUUACGGCCCAGCGCACGAACUCGAUUUGAGCAGCUCAAUGGUCUCAAGCUUGGAGAUCGCAAGCCGUCGGUGUUGCUCCGCGAAGUUCAGCGCAUCGCUGGUCCCUUAUUCUUGAGCGAAGAAGGGAUAAAGGAGCUGUGGUUUGCACGUCUCCCAGAGCCAUUGCCGGUAAUGCUGUCCAUGUUUAUAGAU